CCGAGUUGGUGAAAUCAGUCAUAAAUAAAACACUAAUUUACACUCCAGCCAGUAAUUAUCUAAAAAAUGUCAUCAAUACCGCAAUUCUCUGCACCACAAGAUCUUCCCAACACAAUCAUUUCCUACGAAAGAUUACGAAAUUUCACCUUAUUAAGAAAAUUCAAGUCUGUCGAUGCCAUCUGCAUCUUGGCCAGUGCCAGGUUAAUAAAUGUAAAAGAUACCGCUGUCGUGGUGACAAUUGAGGAUACGGUCUACCAGUUCGGAGAAGAUUGUGAUGGAUUACUGUAUUUCACGGAAAUUCAAUCCUUGAGUGCACGAAGAUUGAAAGAUGUCGUGUUCGGCCGGGAGUCAACAUGGUUCGGAAUUUCAGACGAUGGCAAAGCCUACGUCUGGGGUGGAGGUUCUCACCUUGCCCCAACGCAUAUUCUUCAAAAUCUCAAAAUAAUCCAGGUAGACGCUAUGGGUCAUCAAAUAAUCUGCCUCACAUCCAACGGACAGGUUUGGAUUAGCAGAGAUCCGCUCACAGAGUUUCUGAGGAUCCCGCAAGAAAAUUUCUGCGGGGAAAGCAUCGCCUCAGUCACGUCGGUUACCUGUGGGUCUAGUAUAACUGGUGUGGCUCUUAGCGCUAAAGGGGUGGUGAGAUUUCUAAUAAUUUGA